GCAUCGGUGCUUUUGUGGUGUUUCGCUCGUGGCCGCAUCGUGUCCCAGCUGAUAUAUUUAUUGUGCGACAAGUGUUUCAAGAAAAACCCAAGACUUCUACGAGGUCGUCAUGGGGCAUCCACCUCGACUGUCGGGGACCACCCUCGCAUGUCUUCUACUACUUCUCGCCACGGCUCAUGCCGCCAGCAAAUGCACGGUCGGCUGUCGUGGAAUGCAUCCGAGCAAAGCGUAUCAGGAAGGGCACACGUACGUAUAUAAUCUUGAUGGCACGUCAGAGACAUCUGUUACCGAUGCACAAGGGACUGCUAACCUCCGAUUGUCCGCUACUGUGGAAAUGUCUGUCAAACCGAACUGCGUCCAUCAGUUGCGACUGAAGAACGUCAAGUUAAAUGGAGCGCCCGCGUCCUUGCCAGACCUCGAAAAGUACGCGGUACAGUUCAAUUACCAUGACGGACACAUUGACACGGAGCUGUGCACCGAGCCAGGCGACUCCCAAGCGUCUCUGAACAUCAAAAGAGCAGUUGUCUCCUUGUUCCAAUCAGCUGUCAUGGAAGAGAGCGGUUCAACGACUCACCACGAGACCGACGUGAUGGGAGCCUGUCUAACGGAGUUCAACUUCCGCAAAGAUGGCGACACGGUGACUGUCAGGAAGGACAGGAACUUAGCGCAAUGUUCUUAUCGCGAGAACCUCAAUCAGGGUCUGAUAUCAGCUAGCGUAGACACUUCAGCGGGCAUGAAAUCCUCCCCUCUGCUCGGGUCGCAGCAAGCAAUCGUGCAACGCUUCAAACAGGGUAUACUGACCGAGGCUUCAUCUAAAGAGUUGUACGAGUUGAGGCCCUUCAGCAACGGCAACGCAGGAGCUAAGACCACAGUGGACACCAAACUGGUUCUGAAGAAGGAGAAAGCUGACAGUCCAACGGCCGCAGUGUCGCUGCCUAAAUCCCUGAUCUUCGAAAGACCUCACCCGGUACCGAAAUCAUCUGUGGAAGCCAUCACCAAUGCACUGAAGGCCACCAAAGACGAAGUAGCUUCAGGAGUGAAACCGGAAGCAGCCACUAAAUUCGCCGAGCUGGUGAAAGUUCUCAGACGAAGUAGCAAGGACGACAUCAUGUCCGUUUACCAGAAGAUCAAACAAGGCGCAGGUUUCGACAAGGACGACCAGAAACUGUUCCUGGACACCCUGUUCAGAACGGGCAGCGGCGAGGCGGUAGAAGUUGGAGUCGAUCUAGUCAAGAACAAGGAACUCUCCGGUCUCCAGGAGCUUCUGUUCUACGCCAGUCUGGCCUUAGUACGUCACAUGAAUCUGCCUGCGGUGACGGCCGCCACUAGUCUGCUGGACCAACCUAAUUUACCUCGACUUGGCUACCUGGGUGUCGGACAAGUGAUCGGCAAGUACUGCCAGGAGCACUCCUGCGAGAACGUAGCCGAGGUGAAGGAGGCUGUGCACAAGAUUCGCGAAAAGGUUGGCAAUGGCAAGGCUAAGACCAGGGAACAAGAGAAUCUUGUCGUUUCUGCCCUGAAAGCCCUGGGCAACACGCAAUUCCUCGAUGAUGCGACCCUGCAGAAGCUUGCAAACAUCGCCGCCGACAAGAACGUGCGGAAUCGCGUCCGAGUAGCUGCUCUCGGGGCUUUGCCCAACAGGUGUUCGAUGAAGUGGAAGAACAUUGCGUUUAAGGUGUUGGCCGACCGUGAGGAAGAUAGCGAGGUCAGGAUUAAAACCUAUCUCGCCUUGGUCGCUUGUCCUUGCCCUCAUGUUGCUAACCAACUGAAAGAAGUGCUGGACAAGGAGACCGUCAACCAAGUCGGAUCGUUCAUCCAGACUCAUUUGAGAAAUCUUAGAGCUUCUACUGAUCCUAACAAACUGGCGGCUAAGAAUCAAUUAGGUUUAAUCAAACCACGAACCAAGUUCCCUGAAGAUUUCCGGAAAUUCUCCUACAAUGAUGAACUUUCGUACAAGCUUGGUGCUUUUGGUGCUGGCUCCAGCGCCGAGAGCAACGUAAUCUACAGUCAGAACAGCUUCGUGCCACGAUCGACAAGCCUGAACAUGACAAUGGACUUGUUCGGACGCAGUUUCAACUUCCUGGAACUGGAAACUCGCGUGGAGAACCUGGACCGAGUGAUCGAACGCUACCUUGGACCCAAAGGACAACUCUGGGAGAAGAACAUCGAGGAGUUGAAGAAAUCCGGUGUCAGCUCAGUUAAAAACCUCAAUGAAUACAUCAAGGAACGAUAUGACAAGGUUGUUCGCGGAAAACGCGAGGUAAAACAAGGAGAGUUGGACAGAUUCGCGAAGAACGUUCACUUGAGGAACAACGAGGUUGACCAGGACCUGGAUGUUGACCUUUCCGUCAAACUAUUCGGCGUCGAGCUCGCUUAUCUCAGUUAUCAAGGUGACAGUAGUAAGUUAACUCCAGAAGCCAUCGUCGAUAAGGUAUUCGAAAACUUGGAGAAAGGUUUCGACCUUGUCAAAAACCUGAACUUCGACCUUCAGAACUACCUGCAGUUCCUCGACGCCGAGCUGGUGUACCCAACCAACUUGGGAAGCUCGUUGAACCUCGGUGUGACAGGAACUAGCGUGCUGCGCAUGAAAACCAACGGCAAACUCGACAUACCGGCUAUCUUGAAAGACCCGAAAAACGCCAACUUCAGAAUCGCCCUCGAUCCCAGUGUAUCCGUCACGAUCAUCGGAAGCAUGGUCGUCCAAGGUCUGGACGCUGAAUCCGGAAUGAAACUCAUCAGUACUCUUCACACGGCCAGCAGCACGGACAUGACUGUCUCUGUAUUGAACGGCAACGGCAUCGACGUCAAUUUCGGUAUACCCAAGAAGAAGCAAGAGCUGAUCAGCGCGAGCAGCGAACUGUUGCUGAGUUCCGGCCCGAAAGGUGAAAAAUACGUUGCUCCCAAGUUUGGAAAGGGUAAGACGCACUCGGACUGUUUCGACCAAUUCUCAACCCUCCUUGGUCUAACCGUUUGCGGACAACUCACCUACCCGUACGAGGACCUCGCUACGAUUUCACAGAAACCAAUGUUCCCCUUGAGCGGCCCGGCCAAGUUCGCGAUCACAGUCGAGAACAACGAUGUGAGCAGCUACCACUUCAGGGUUAACCUGAACACUGAAAGUGCUGCUAAACGUUCCUUCGAGAUUCUGGUAGAGACGCCUAACAGCAAAACCAACAGACGUGUGGCCCUGAACCUGGAGGCAGGUCUCGAGCCCAACAAGUACGCCAAAGUCUCUCUCGACUCACCCAUCAAGAAGGCUUCCUUGGAAGUGAUACUCAAGAACAAUCCUAAAGAACGCACCCUCUCCCUCAUUGCGUUCCACGAUCAGAUAGAAUAUUACGGUCGUAUUGGAGUGCUGGCCAGCGGAGGCAAGUACAAACCUGUGCUGGAGUACAGGGUACCUGAACAUAUCGAAAAACUCGCUACAGCGAAGACUGGUCUGAAGUCUGGACAACAGUAUACCGUGCAGGGUACCGUAGACGUUGCCGAUCACCAAGGUGGUCAGAAGUUCAUGCUCGAUAAGGUCGCCCUGAUGGUCGGUGGGCAGAAAUUGGUCGUCGUGGACGGUGACGUAACCAUCACACCUACUGCAGUCACCGUGGAUUCGUCUCUCAGCUACUCCGAUAAGAGUCUAAUCUUCAAGUUGGACGGAAAGCAGAUAUCCAGCAACAACUACGCCCUGAUUGUGACCGCCAUACCAUCUACCGACCCCAACAUUGGAUUCAAUCUGAAGUGGGAAUACAAGAGGGAACCGGACAACCUACAGAACAAGUUGAUCUUCGUACAUGGUUCUGAUCCAAACUCCGAGACCAACCGACUGACCUUGAACCAAGAAGCCGUUUAUAAGAUCGGGCCUAAGACUCCUCUGGUCCUGUCCAUGUCUAACGAGCUAACCUACCCAGCACUCAACAUGAAACUGAAGGUGGAAGGCAAACUUACUCGCAAAUCGGUCAGCGGUGACAUCGAGGUAAAAUACGAGAAAUUCAAGUUCGGUACCGAAUUAUCCGCUAAGAAGGACAUGGAGAAACCUGGCGACUACGACAUCGAGCUGGAGGCUGAACUGAUGGAGAACGGCGUGGAGCUGAAGUCGAAGCGUACCAUCGUCGACGCGCACAAGAGCAAAUUCAGUAACUCCCUUGUUCUGAAACCGGGUGGUAAAUACGAAGCUGACGCUACGGUGACCCACGACGUGAGCAAGAAUAACAUAAACGUGCAACUUGACGGCGACUUGAACCUGAACGGAAAGAAAGUGAAGAUGGACACCGGUUUGGAAGCUAAUCCACAGGCGCUUAACUCACGCGUCUUCGUGAAGGUGGACGGAGUCAAGUACAUUGAAUUCCUGUUGAAGACCACGCGAACACCGAACCCCAGUGGCAGCUUGACCCUCAAUCUGAAGAACUACGUGACUGCGAGUGGUCAGUACAUCUACCAAAACCGCAAAGGAAACGCUAACCUGAACGUUGACUUCCCGAAGAUCAAUCGCAAGGUUAAAGCCAACGCUGACCUGGCCAUAUCUGGAUCCGAGCACGUAGGUAACUUGGAGAUUCUCUAUGACGCCGAGAAAGACCCCUCUAAACGCCUGAAACUGUCCACCGUCUCCGACAUCACGAAGAACUCCGUGGACACGAAGAACGUCCUGGAGGUUCUCACCUACAAAAUGGAGCUGAACGGGAAGGGCAAGCUGCAAGGAUCCUUACAGGAUGGUCAACUGCAGCUGGAUGUGGACACCACCCUGCCAAACGGUCGCUACCUGGUCUGGAAAAUGAAACGCAAUUCCGCGAAAAAGGACAACAAGUACGACAUCUUGGUGGACACUGAGCUGGUAGACAACACGGUCAAAGGUGGGCCAUCAAGGAAACUCGCUUACAAGGCUGACGUGAAGGAUUUGGACCUGGAGCAGUUGACGUACCAGAAGAACUCGGCUCAGUUGAAAUUCGUGGACGCGGACGGAAAGGACUUGCAGGUCUCUUGGAAUGGUAAGAACACCCUGCAGCCUGAAAACAAGAAGUCGAGAGAAUUGAACGUCGAAGUUACUGGUGCUAGCAUUCCCAGGAAAUUCCAGCUUCAAAUAAGCUCAGACUGCGGUAACAGCGAAGCAGCGCUCAAAACGAAAGCUUCGCUGGGUGACGACAUCUCAAUGAUGUGCAGCGGAACAAUCAGCGAGGGCAACCAGGUUGACAAGCCUUCCAAGUUGGACGGUGUCUUCGAGAUGAAACUGCCUAGCGACAAGCUUAGCAACCUGAAGUUGGAGGUCUCCUCGAGUUUGCUAGACGCCACCGAGAAGAACUUGAUAGACUACGCUGAGAACAUAAAGUUGACGUACAACAAUGACAAAAAGAUGCAAGGAGAGCUAUCCUACAAACUACAGUUGCCGGAUAAGGACUCCAACUUGCCCAGUUCGGGCACAGGAAAGCUGAUCUUGAACAUCCUGCAGAAUCCACCUCUGAAAGUAGACGGUAAAUACGAGUACGUGCCUAAUUCCGAGAAGCAGACAGCAAUGGUCGAUCUGAAUGCCAGCUACGGAGACAAAAAGCUGUCCCUUCGAUCUGACAACGAGUACCUUCCCGAUGUCGCGACGGUCAACCUGAAAGCUAAAGGCAAUAUGCUUGCGGAGAAACUACGUAAUCUUAACUUGGAUUUGAAAUACCAGAGAUUCAAGGAACAGAAUAGACUGUUAGUCGACAGCGUUCUUACUGCCGAUGACAACAAGUACACUUUGAACUCUGAGAUUCAGCAACAGAGCACAAACAAUAUAUUCCACCUGACAGCCAGCUCUCCGUUAGGAAAGACAGAAGUGCUCUCCAAAUUCCAGAAGCUGGGUGACAAGGAAUACAAAGGUGAAUGGAAAGUGGAUACUCCCAAAGGAUUCGCGGUUGCCGACGCACACGUAGACUUAGAAAGCGUAGACAACUUCGUAAUCAACGCCAAUUUUGAUAGUGACAAACUAAAACACCGUAAAAUCCAUGCUGAAAUUGCCAACAAACCAACAGCAAAGUCUGGAAAGAGGAUUGUCAUCACUGUCACCAGUGACGGUCAGAACAUCGUAGCUGGAAGCACAAGUUACAAGAAGCGCGACGAAGAUGGAAAGAUCGUGGUGGAAGGUAACGGAAGUCUGAAAGUUGGCGACGACACGAAGAGCUCGUCCUUUAAGUACACUCGUCAGCAAUUAACACGCGAGAAGGACGGUGAAGUAGGAGUCGCGAUGGUAUUGAACGCUAAUUUCGGACCGUCAGCUAUCGUUGGCGAACUGAAACUGUCAAACAAGGAGGUGCACGUAUUCAACAGUUACUGCGAACAGAACAAGGACUGUGCUCACUUCAAGCUUCAAUCGACCCUUGAUGUGGAACAGAAAGCUCUGCUGAAGCACCAGAUAACGGUGGAGGUCGACCUGAAGAAGUUCAACGUACCUGCCGAGUUCGGGUUAAAAACCAGCACGGAGUUGAAGAAGCCCAUCUUCGACCACACCACUAAUCUCUAUCUCCACUCUACCAAAGACAAGUCCGAAUACACCUACCAAGUUUACAUCCAUCCUAAAGAAGCAGCCAGCAUCCUGACGCUGCCAUCUCGUGAGAUAGCCGCCGUUGCGACGUAUGAUUUGCCGAAGACCAAGCACACUGGCGCGUACAAGGUGGACCUGUCGAUUUACCUUGACAGAAAGAACAAGCCGGCCGAUAAGACUAGCCUGUCAAGCAGCGGAGACGUCCUUAUCGACGAGAACAACUUGUCGCUCAGCGGAGAAACCAAAUUCACUUAUCCUACCCAACCUAAGGGUAUGGUAGUGAAAGGAUCGCUUCAUCAUAGCCGCGACCGUCUGUUGACUGCCAAUCUGGACAUCGACGUCUUCGCCAAGAAAUCUCAGAUGAUCUCGCUGGUGGCUAACGUGCAACGACAACCGAUCACAGAUGGGUCAAAUGUGACCGGUUCCGUCGAAGUGAACAGCCGUGGACAGCACUUGAAACUCGAUCUCAAAUCUCAUCUCACUUUGUCCAAACAACAAGCAGGAUUUGGUAGCUUCUUCUCUUACAGCGAUGUGAAUCAGAAAAUGAAGACCAUGGGUGUUCUAUUUUCCGCGGAUGUCAAUCACAUUUCGUUGCUGGCUACUUUGCCCGACAAAGAAUUGAUCAGGGACGACUGGAAGUUGCAAUUCGCGAAAAAUCGACAGAAAAUCGACAGAGAAUUGUCUGUGUUGGGAGAAACACCCAAUGUGAUCACCUUUGAAGCCAACGAUUUUAACCGUUUUAAUUUGCAAAUUCAUCCGAAAGACAAACCAAACGACAAACUAAGCGUGAACGGACAAGCAGUGAUCGGCCAAUUAGCCCAAGUCCACGCAGAUUUGUACAAAAAUGGCGCCAAGAAGGAACUGUUCCACGUUUUGGUUCAUCUUGACGAGAAACAAUUCUUGAAGCCUGAUUUUGGUUACAACAAGGAAAACGUAGCCGAACUUUUGGAAAUAUAUAAAAAUAGAAAUAUCCAACUGGCUAUGAAGAUGAAAGACGUACAUGAAUACGUGGUUGAGAAGGUAAAAGCAGAGACUACAGACCUUGUGGAACAUCUGAAAAAGGCCGAACCGAACCUAAAGCCCCUCAUGGACUAUUAUCAAGGAGAGUUAAAUAAGAUGAAGGAUGAUUUCUAUGCUGACGAAACUGUCAAAGAAAUUCAAGCUACCUUAAAUAAAUAUUUCGGCGCAUUAGUCGCAACCGUGGCAGAAACCAUGAAACAGAUCGCUCAAGGUUUAGAAAAAUUGCGGGAGCAGUUAAACACAAUUAUAGUGGAUGUGGAGAAAGCCAUCGCGCGAACUUAUCCCGAGCUGAAAGCAUCUUACAACAAGAUUUUCCAUCAAGUUAUGGAAAUCCUCGACGCCGUCGCCAAACUCGCAAACACUUAUCUGAAUGCUAUCUUGAAUAUCAUCAACGAGCAUCAAAAGGAGAUACAAGACGUUAUGAGCGUGGUAUCAGGAAUGACCCAGGACUUUGCGAAGAUAAUAACAAAAGGAUUGGAACAGAUUAAAGCGAAUCUUGAGGAAUUCGCCGCCAUGUUGGUCAACCAGCUGAAAGCUCUACCGAUUUACGAGGUAGCCAAAGAGAAAUACCAGGAGUUGCUGAACUUCCAGAUACCGGAAAUGGUCAUCAGUCCUGUUGAAGAAUUUUGUAGGGUUUUGAACACAGCUCUGCCCACGGAAGAACUGCGUCAACUCACUGAUGCUUCAUGCCAGUAUCUUCUUAAACACGUCAAACGCGAAAAGGUUGACGAGAUAGCGGAGCUGAAGAGGCUGUACUCGUACGCAGUGACUGCGAUCCAAUCCCUGCUGACCCUUUUACAGAAGCAGGCAACCUUCGAUAACGCAUUAAACUUUGUUCAAAUCCAGUCACCCAUUGAUUUCAGCCUUUUGUCAAAGCUUCCAGGCAUUUCUACCCUCAGGCUAUCCGUCCUGAAUCUGUUGCGCAACCAGGAGCUACCGUCGCCAUUGGAUCUGUACUACACUUAUAGGCCAACCCUUUACCCAAGCGACAUACUGCCACCAUUCAGCAAAUCAGCAGUCGUUACUGAUGGAGGACACAUUUUCACAUUCGAUGGACGCCAUUUGACGAUGCCUGGAACGUGCAACUAUAUCCUGGCACAGGACAUGGAAGACGGAAACUUCUCGGUAGUGGCGAACUUACAAGGAGGAAAUCUUAUCAGUGUCACUAUUACAGAACCUAAAGAAAGCAUCACGCUCAAGAACAAUGGAAACAUCCUGGUGAAUAACAAACCGGCCGAUUUCCCAGCGAGCACGAAGAACUUGCACGCAUACCUCGUCCAACCAUUCGCCAAUGUCAAAUCCGAUUACGGCGUACGUCUCACGUGUUCAAACAAGGUGCCAAUGAUUUGCGCCGUCCACGUUUCCGGUUUCUACUUGGGCAAACUACGCGGGCUCUUUGGUGAUGGCAACAAUGAACCGUACGAUGAUUAUACUUUGCCCUCCGGAAAGAUCACUGAAAGCUCAACUGAGUUUGGAAAUGCCUAUAAAUUGAAGAAUGAGUGUCCAGAUACAACUGCAGUUCAUCACAAAGAGAGAGCUCCAAUUUGUACAGAAUAUUUCACCAGCCAAAGUUCCUCAUUAAAGUCAUGCUUCAACUACGUAAAUCCGGCUAAUUAUCGCGAGGCCUGCGAUCACGCAGUUGGCAUGGGUACACCUGAAAAUGCUUGCAUAAUUGCCACGGCUUAUCACUAUGCUUGUUACGCACAACGUGUGAUGACUACUCGUGUUCCUUCAACAUGCACAAGCUGCAAAGUGGGUGCGAACAAGAUAAACAUCGGCGACACAUUCAGCGUGAAAGUACCAAAGAAAGAGGCUGAUAUCGUAUUCGUUGUGGAACAACAAACUCCAAAUGACAAAAUUUACAAGGAACUGGUUACGCCAUUGAUGGGUGAACUCAGAGAGGAAUUGAAACAACAUGGUAUCACGGACGUGCACAUUGGUCUAAUCGGAUUCAGCGAAAGCAUGAAAUGGCCGCAACACUACACCUUAAACGGCAACACAAACAUCGAAGGUGAUGUGAAGAACAUGAAAUUCAGCGAGAAGAAACCGAGUGUCAGUAUGGAGGAAGCGAAGGAAGGCAACACGGAAAAGAAGAUAACCUACUUGCACCAGAAGCUGGACAUUGAACUAGGAACAUUUAGACUGACCGACGCUUAUGAGGAAGCAAUCCGAUAUCCGUUUAAACCGGGCGCAGCCAAAGCGGUUGUUGGCGUGAUUGCUAAUCCAUGCGAGAAGAGUCCAUUCCCUAUUUCUCUGCAACAAAUAAGGCUUCUGUUGGGUCAGAAAAUGUACCGCGAUCUCGGACUCACAUAUCAUCACGUGUCAUACCCGAACGAACUGCUUGUAUCGGGUAAACCACAGAAGAAUAUCGUCGGCUAUGACCAAGAUUACGCGUACACGUUUGCUGACAGCAAGAAGAAGCCUCUCAGCGGAAGCAGCGACAUGAAGAACAACCUCGUCGCGACGACCAACGACGUCUGCGCUGACUUCGCAGUUUCCUCUGGAGGAGCAGCGUUCAGUUCAGACAACUUCUUAGACGCUAAACCAAACCAGAAGAAGCAAUUCAUUCAAGUAGCUGCAAGGAGGAUCGUCGAUGGACUCGUUAACGUAGAAUUCGAGAAAGAUUGCUCGUGCGAUUACCAAUACGGUUUAAUCGGACGUACUCAAUGCAAAAUCGUUGGUCGCAAAGAAGCACCUGCGAGAUCCACCAAGGGAGUGAAAGGUUAAAAGAGGAGCUCACCGCGCAGACUAAUCGAUUACCAAUUAAUUUAGCUGUAAUUGUAUUUGUUACUUUGUUAUAAUACAACAGGCGCCUUUUUUAUACUAGUAAGCGAAUUAAAACAUUCACCGGAUCUGUCCGCCAACGGAGAGGUCAAACGAUCACGUGUAAUUAAUAAACGAGGACUGAGUGUUUCUUCAUCGCGCGACGAGAUUCGUCUUCGAACGUAAACAAGAUAAUUAAACGGUCACCAUUUUAUCUUUUCUUCCGUCGUGAAUGAUUUAGCUGCGAAUUUUGUACAUCAAGCGAACGCGUAGGUAUUAAAAAUUGCGUGACGAUUAAACUAAUAAUAGAACAGGAGGAGAAUGAAAUGAAAAAAAAGGAAGACGACGAGUAAACAGGGGAUGGAUAUCGAUUCGAUUUUACGGUACGAUUUGUACGGCUUACCUUUAUUAAGUUAAGAUUCCGAUGCUGUACGACUCGAGCCUGUUAAUCUGAAUUCAAUACCUAACCAACGUAUCGUUUAUCCUCGAUACUAGAUGCUAUGUGUGACUUGUGAAGAAAUAUACCUUACAUUGUUCUUAUAUGUA